UGUCAUUGCUUAACAGAACUGCUAUGCAGCGAUAUUUACUGAAGGUACUAAAGGUUGCAGCGAUUUUGAAAAUGGGGCUUUUCUCUGCGAUUUAAAUGUCGAUAUUGCCCCUGAAAGCGAGGACUCGGAGAGUGGUUUGAUACUAUCUGGUGAAAUGGAGGUGGUGGAAGACUUUGAUGAGGAUUACGCAGUUAUAUUGAAUAUUUGGAAGGAUAUAGGAGCUGGAAAACAAUUUAUGUACAACAUUGAAGGUAACUUAUGUGAAAGUAUGAAACGGAAUGACACACCGUGGUACCCUCUAGUACAAGCUUUACAUACUGAAUGUCCUGUUAAAAAGGGAGUCUAUCCUGUGGAAAACUUGGUGAUGUCUCUUGAAUUUGCAAAAAAUGUUUUAAAUCAUGAAUUUUGUGGCGACUACAUCGUGGAAGUAUCUAUAGGAACGAUUGAAACCCCCAUUUCGUGUUAUGAAAUCGGUGUAGCAAUUGAAGAGGUAUCAUGUGAAUAAAUGUUCUGUUAAUUAUUGAUUGUGUUUGGUUGUAUUGUUUCAUUUCGAAUAUAAAUACCAUAUGAAGUCAGAAUAAGGAAGCAGAGUCACUCAGGGCGAUGGAGCAAGCUAUGAUUGGAGUAUCUCUGUGGAAUCGAAUCAGAAAUGAGGACAUUCGCAGAAGAACCUAUGUCACUAACACAGAUCAAC